AUGAUGGAUGUGGGAGAGAGAGCGAGACCACCAGGGGAUCCACCGAAUGCGGCGGCCUCGUAUGCAUCCAAAGUGGUGAGUACGAAUGGAGGAGGUAUGCCGGUUCCAGAGAGUUUGAUUGAUGAUGCGUUUGUAUCUGAGAGGCUACGAGUGGAGUUUCCGAAUGGAGAGGAUGGAGAACCAUCGAUUACGAUUGAGCCGGAAGUUUUAGAAGCGAUGAAUGGGAUGUGGAAGCAGUGUAUGAUUGUUAGGGUUUUGGGAAGUAACGUCCCGAUCUCUGCCUUGAGAAAGAAGCUAAGAGAGUUAUGGAACCCUAAAGGAGGAAUGUAUGUAAUGGACCUCCCCAGACAAUUUUUUAUGGUUCGUUUCGAGAAGGAGGAUGAAUAUUUGGCGGCACUGACAGGGGGUCCAUGGAGGGCUUUUGGCAGUAAUCUCAUGGUGAGAGCUUGGUCGCCGGAGUUCGAUUCGUUAAGAGAUGACAUCGUUACGACGCCGGUUUGGAUCAGGUUGACAAAUAUUCCAGUGAACUUUUACCAUCAAUCGACCCUCAUGGGUAUUGCCAAGGGUUUGGGUAAACCAGUUCGUGUUGACUUGACCACAUUGAAGUUUGAAAGAGCAAGGUUUGCGAGAGUUUGUGUAGAAGUUAAUCUUGCAAAGCCGUUGAAAGGGACAGUCCUAAUUAACGGAGAGAGAUACUUUGUAGCUUACGAAGGGUUAGCUGAGAUCUGUUCAAAGUGCGGAAUUUAUGGACACUUGGUUCAUGGAUGCCCAAGAACAAUUGCGGAAAAAUUGGCUGAAGUAGCUAUACAGACGGAGACACAGUCAGCUACGUGA